AUGCGUAUCCAGCCAAUUACGGAGGUCUGCUGCAUCAAGAUCCCUUAUUUCCCCGACUACCUGAUGGAGCAGGGAUGGAAACAUUUAUCGCACCUGCAGCCCUCCACCAUCUCGACCAACCAGGCCACCCCGCGUCUCCUGCACGAUCGUAUACUUAUCGCGUGGGCAGCCAAGCAGAAGCAGGAGAGCCUCGAACUCCCCACCCCCCGUGCGAGGUUCCUGCGAGGUGUCCCUGCACGCGUUUUCGUCCUUUGGUGUCGGCCUGGCUAG